UCUUUCCAUGUUUUUCCACAUCAUGUCACGUCCAUGUGUUUUUAAUUCCAAAUAGCUGAACGUGCUGGCUCUUGACCCAGAGACACUAAAUUAGUCGCUCUAUUUUUGUUUGUCUGACCUGCCUCAUGGCAUUCCUCUUUGCUUUAUCAUGCACCGGCCUGCUAUCUUAAUGAGACAUCACAGUGCUGGCUGUCUUCACUGGUGGUGGGAGCUCAAUCUGUUGUUUGUGAACCGGAGAGACCUGAGGGACCUCGAAGGCAGGAAGUCCAAAUGUCAAGGACCUAGAGUUCAGCUGAGAUGCCGCGGUUACAUCGCUUUCGAAAACGGAGCGGAGCUGAUCACGAGAGAGCUAUACAGGAGCACAAAUAAAAGAUAACAGCGCAAUUUCUGCAGGUGGCUUAAAAAAAAAAAAAAAAAAAGUGGACAAGGACAGGUACGACUACUACCUCUGCAAAAUGCCUGUGGAGACCCUCCCACGCCCAGUGAGGCAACCAGCGAGGACUGCUGUAGUUGCUAUACCCCCCCGCCUGCGGGCCAAGGGCCCACUGGGGCCGGACUUCUCCCGGCAAAGCCCCACAUCAGAAGGCAGACCAAAGCAGAGCGCGGUGGAGAGGCUGGAAGCAGACAAGGCUAAAUAUGUCAAGAGUCAGGUGGCUCUUUCUAAGCAGCAGCCAGUCAGGCCUCCCGAAGCACGGACGCCUCUGCUAGGCCCCGGCACUGCCCUGCAGCCAACCAGGAAGGCGCCGGCCCAAACAAAAACCAAGCAGGAGGGCGUCCCGCUUGACUUGGAGCACCUGAGUAACCUCAUCAGUGGUGUGAAUGAUGGACCCCAGUCCAGUGCCGCUGUAGGCUCAGAGGACAGUAAUGCUCCUGAUUGUGCUGCACACAGCUCUCCUUUCCCCGCACCUGUAGGGGCCGAGCAGAAAAAAGAGAGACCGUGUCCACCUCCCCGUCCUGACUGGUCAAGUCCAGCUAAGGUACGAUUAAAAGCCUCUGGACCUGCCAAGGUAGAGAAACCAGGCUCUCCUGGGUCUCCAGCUGCCAGAACCAUACGCAGAGUGGACGUCAUGCCUCAGGCCAGCCCUGUGAGGACGCUCUGCAGACCACCUCAUUUCGUCCGGCAGCCCCUGCAGCCCACACUCUUACCGUCCCAGUUUCCACUCCGCCCGGCUGCUUCACACCUGCGUCUCUUCCGACCUAGGACAGCACCAGGUACUUCUCCUCUGAAACCCGUCGUUGCCCCACCUAAACCUGUCAACCCUCCCUCCUCUCCAGCUGGAACCCCCGUCCCUGCUCCACCUCCCCUCAGCUUCCCCGUUUUCCCUCCUCCCUCCCCAGCGAUUACCCGCUUAUCCUCCUCCAGCUCCAGGAAACGCCCGUCUCUGACCCGGUCUAAAUCGGACAUGAGCGACCGGUACUCCAGGGCCGGGACAGAGCUGGAGCGCUUCUUCAACCUGUGCGGUUUGGACCCUGCAGACCUGCAGGAGUUGACUGGAUCCAGUUCUGACAUUGUUUCCCUCGCCCGUUUUCGCAGUGUGAGCGCCCCGGGGUCUGAGUGCGCAGGCUCUGGUAGAGAAGGUGAAGAAGAUGAUGACGAGGAAGCUGGCAAAGUGGCAGAACGUGUCCCCUAUGGUGUUUCUGUCAUCGAGAGAAAUGCCAGAGUGAUCAAAUGGCUGUAUGGGCUCCGUCAGGCCAAGGACAAUCCAAGUAAGAGCACCAAUUUAUAGGAGGGCGUUAAAUGGUCUAAAGGAUUUGAAACAUAAGUAAAAAUUUCAACAUGCAAAACACAUGGAGUGAUGGAGUCCCAUGAUUAAACUGGUAGUAAAGUGAAAUAUAUGAUGAGGUGAUAAAGUGAUGCAUGUAAUUUUUCUACUGAGUAACUCACUGAGCAUUUCUAUUCUCAGAAAGCCCCCCACCCUGACCCCCCAUUUUUUCUUUUUUGUUAUUUUGACUUUUCAAAUGUUUUUUUUCUUGUUUUUUUUUGUGAGUCUCAUAACGGGGCUGUUAACUUUAUUUUUGUCACCGUUUGGCCAGUGAGGUGACAUCUGAGAUCAACAAAUCACACUCUGCUGUAAAUGGACCUCAUUAAAGAUUGAAUGCUGCGAG